UUAUUUCUCAUGAGAUGAUCUAGAUAGGGUAGUGUACAUGAUCUCCUGCUUUAUGCAAUCUGCUGAUCAGGAUGAGGGUUAGGAAUGAUUGAUAUUAUACAAAGAAACAAUACUGUGAGGAAGAGAAAAUGAGAGCGAAUGUUAGCAUACAUCUGAGGCAUACUGUACUCUUCAUCGUCAGGUCAAAGUCUCAUCCAAACAACAACCAUGUCCACGGGGCAAAAUGAAAGCAGCAGCAGCGACAGAACGUCUAAUCUACCGAAUCAAUUUGCAUCUUGUACCAUGAUGCUAUUCGAAAGGACCCUGUUUGCCCUCAAUUUUAUCUCCAUCGUCCGAAUUACCAAACGGACUGACAGCAUAAGGAUGAUUUGAUUUGUAUCAUCUUGUAAUCAUUUAUCAAAUUUAUUACUCACCUCAUCAAGUGUUCUUCUAGCUGGCUGUCGUCUUUUGCCUCUUGUGUGCCGACAAUGCACGUUGCCUCAAAAGAGAUAAUUCACCUUCCCGCUUUUCUGUAGAUGCAAUCCUGUCUUCUUCCUCUCG